UCUCUGCAACCCACCCAUCUUCUAUUCUAAACCCAAAACUGCAACCAUCAACUCGUCGUCUAUCUCUCUCGCCCCCGAUCUUGACUUUCUUAAACCCUAAACCAUUUUCGUCGUUAAUCAUGGCUGACGAAAUCAACAUCUCGUCGGUGAGCUUGGAUGGAAAUCAAGAGGGUUCAACUUCAGCCGCUUCAAAUCCUGAAGGAACUCAGUCGUCGUUACCCCUAGAAGAAAGGUACAGGAUAGUAAGGAGUAUUGGUGAAGAAUGUAUCCAAGAGGAAGAGCUGAUGAGGUUGCUUGCUAAUAAGCCUGAACCUAUAUGUUAUGAUGGUUUUGAACCCUCUGGACGGAUGCACAUUGCACAGGGUGUUGUGAAGGCAAUAAAUGUGAAUAAGUUGACAGACUGUGGGUGCAGGGUCAAAAUAUGGAUUGCUGAUUGGUUUGCCCAGCUAAACAAUAAAAUGGGUGGUGACUUGGCCAAAAUUAAAGUUGUCGGUCAAUAUCUGAUUGAGAUUUGGAAGGCUGUAGGCUUGAGAAAUCUUGACAAGGUGGAGUUUUUGUGGUCUUCAGAUGAAAUAAAUUCACGUGCAGCUGAGUACUGGCCUUUAGUGAUGGAUAUCGCUCGUAAGAACAAUCUGGCAAGGAUAACUAGGUGUUGUCAAAUAAUGGGUCGCAGUGAUCAGGAUGAGUUGACUGCUGCCCAGAUUUUAUAUCCUUGUAUGCAAUGUGCUGAUGUCUUUUUCCUAAAGGCUGACAUCUGCCAGCUGGGUAUGGAUCAGCGCAAGGUGAAUGUACUUGCUAGAGAGUACUGCGACUCUAUCAAGAGAAAGAACAAGCCUGUCAUCUUGUCACACCACAUGCUACCUGGACUGCAACAAGGCCAGGAGAAGAUGUCAAAGAGUGACCCAUCGUCCUCCAUUUACAUGGAAGAUGAAGAGGCUGAAGUUAACGUUAAGAUCAAGAAGGCAUACUGUCCUCCAAAGAUUGUGGCAGGGAACCCAUGUUUGGAAUACAUAAAAUACAUCAUUUUCCCGUGGUUUGGGGUGUUUGAAGUACAACGACAGGAAAAAAAUGGGGGGAAUAAGACCUAUGAAAGCAUGGAAGAACUAAUUGCUGACUAUGAAAAUGAGGAACUGCAUCCUGCUGAUCUCAAGCCAGCUCUUUCAAAAGCUUUGAAUAAGAUCUUGAAGCCUGUUCGUGAUCACUUCGCUAACGACCCUAAUGCAAAAGCGCUAUUGAAAAAAGUGAAGGAUUAUCAGAAACUGAACAAAUUUGUGUUGCCUUCUGCAGAGCUACAGAGUAACAAAGUGAUGCUCUAGUAAGAGCUGUAUCUCAGUCCCUAUGGUUCAUCAUUCUCUUUGAAAUUUUGACGUACCUUUACCAGCCAACUUGUUUAAGGAUAAGCAUUUUUUAUGUUAUUUUUAUAUAUCUUGGGAUUUUGUAAACAUGAACGACUCCACUUGAUAGCAUAUUAUGGUCGAAGGUUCCUUUUUACUUGGGUCUGUUUUUUAUCUUAAAAAAUUGAUUUUAUUUUAUA